AUGAAGGGAACAGACCCCGUGCAGGAUAAAUGGAAACAAACGGGCUGGAAGAUAGAGCAGAAGUAUCCAAGCAAGGUGCUGGUAGGAAACUGGGCAGAAGACAGACUUAAGUUCACUCAGGAGCCAACGACAGCCAACAGCACCAAUCGUGUAGACUACCGGCCCCACUGGGACUUCAAACCAGACGUUUCUGAGAGAAGAUCGGCCCUGCUGAGAGCUGAGGGGUUUCCAUCCAAACUGCUAUUUGCCCAUGUUGGCCCACCACCCUAUCAUUACUCUGUCACGCAGUAUGGAGAGAGCUAUGGGUGGAAGCACAACAAUGCUUUGCCCACUCUGCGACCCUGCCAUCCCGGCAGCUUGACAUGGCAGCUUGAAAGGACUGAACAGCCAAUUUCUGCCAACUUUGACGCGCUGCACUCCACAAAGCACUGUUUGGAAAAGCAGCAGUCACGCCUCCCAUCGCUGACUGUGUACAGGUCAGUGUACCAGAGGCACCCACUUAGUGCCUUCUGCCAGAGCCGCUCUGCCAGGACCUCACGCAUGCUCUCCAGCCACCUCCAUACAGCCAAUCACAACAACAAGGACCUGGAUCUGAGACGGCGCCCACUGCUGCUAAUCCCAGAUCAUUGUUUCAGUCCACAAAUGCAACAGGUUUAUAGACAGAACUGUUGCUCUUGAAUUAGACAUGUUAAGUUCACAUGACAGAAUGAGAACCACAUUUCUUUAUUUCUUAAAAAUUAACAAAAGGUAAAUUGUCGAUAAUGUUUGUUGUGUGAACUGGGAUCAAAAAAGUUUUCUAAUCCUUCUCUAAUCUAAAUGGGUUAUCAUUAACAUUAUACAUGAAAACACACAGAGAUUUUAAGAUUUUACUGAUCACUUUUAAAGCACUUAUGGGUCUGGCUCCUAGCUACAUAAUUUGGGUUGCAAAUUUGACAUGGCUAAAAACCUGCAUGCAUGGCAUAUACUUUGUAUUUUACAUAUGAAGCAAUGCUCUUUGCAUUAAAUAAAAUAAAUAAUUGUUGAUCCAGUAUGAAACAGGCUGCAGCCUUAAGGUGGAGCACUUCUGAUCUUUCCAUUGCUCUGAGAGGAUCCGUCUCUAAAACUCACUUUUAUAGACUUGCUGUUAUGUGAUGAAGUGUUUGUUUUCCCUUUAUAGAAAAUCUUCCAUUCACUUUUUUGGCCCAUCUUAUUGCUUUUUAACCUUGUAAUUUGCCUAAUAUCCUCAAUUUAUUUUAUUGCAUUUUGUUGCCUUUAUUUAUUUAUUGUAUUUAUUUCUUUUUUUUUUAUCUCUUAAUUACAUCCAUGUUCUUACAUCUUUGGUCCUCUUGUCCUUAGUUUAUGUAACUGGGUUCUUGCUUUGCUUGGGUUCUACUGAUGUUUAGGUUUAUGAUGUUGGAUGGUUGUUAGGGUUCUAAUGAUGUUUAGAUUAAUUAUGUUGGUUGCUUGUUUUGUUGGUUGGUUGCUUGUUUGGGUCCUAAUGGUGUUUAGGAUAAUUUUGUUGGUUGGUUGUUUGGGUUCUUAUUUUGUUUAGGUUGAUCACGUUGGGUGGUUGUAUGAAUUCCAAUGAUGUUUCAGUUAAUUAUGUUAGUUGUUUUUUUGGGUUCUAAUGAUGUUUAGGUUUAUUAUGUUGGUUAGAUUGAUGUUUGGGUUCUAAUGAUUUUUAGGGUAAUUAUAUUGGUUUGUUGGUUUUUUGGGUUCUAAUUAUGUUAAGAUUAAUUAUGUAGGUUGUUUGGGUGCUUAAGCUGUCUUGGUUUUCUGUCAUUUCUUUGGCUUCUUUUGUGUUUGGGUUCUCAUACUUUGUUUGUAUGAUUCUUCUUUUCUGUGUCAACACUUUGUAAAACACUUGUUUUUAAAGGUGCUUUAUAACCAUUAAGGAAUAGAUGUAUCAUUACAGUUUUUGAUUGAAAGACCUGGAAUCAUAUUCAAGACAUAUCACACUUUUUAGUCAUUAACUUUUUUUAAUAUUACUUUUUGCAAAUACAAGAAAGUAGGCCAACACAUGACUGCAUUAUAGUUUGAUAUUUUAAUGAUUAUUUAUUUAUAUAUUUUAGUAAGAUUCUUCUACCAAACACAAUGUAUAAUUAUUGUGGGCUUCAUUUUAAAUGGUACAUUUAUUGGCAUGUCUGCAGAUAUAAAACACGUUUUUUUUUCCAUGUGCAGAGUUACAAAUAAAAGGUAAAAUAUUAAUUUGACUGAAUGCUUACGUCUAAAUGAAGGGUAGCGGCUCAAAGCAAAAGCUGGAAUACUCCUAUCUUAGGUUGCCUUCAUGCUGUUUGU